AUGUUGAGUGGCCAGGUCUUCUUGACGCGGCAGGCGCAGUCCCUGUCGCUGGGAUGGCUGGAGGUCCUCGUUUACCCAGGCUCCCUGGCCUUCAGCUGGGAGGGGGUCGGCAUCUCCCUUACGCUGUCCGCGCUUCUCUACGGCUUCCAGCCGCUGCGGAUGGUCCUGUUUGCUCUGUGCUACGGCCAGCUGCUGAACCGCAUUCUGAAACUGGUCUUUCAGCGGCAGAGACCAAUACCUCCGGAGGACGUCAAGCGAAUCUUCCGCACCAUCAUUUUGACGGAUGCCCACGCGGACGGUGCAUCCUUUCCAUCGGGUGACACGAUGGCCGGGAGCGUGACAGGCGCUUCGCUUGCGCUUGCUGGCUGUGGGACGGGUUGGUGGUUCUUGGGCCUCUAUGUGGGCUUUGGUCGUGUGUACUUCUUGGCGCACCACUGGCUGGAUGUGAUUGCAGGAUAUGCGGAGGGCUGCGCCGUAUCACUUCUGGCUGCAAAGGUCAUCCGCAUGCACGAGUCCUUCGAUGUACGUCAGCUCAUUGGGCUGCUCGUGGCGAGUGUGGGCUUCGGCAUGGCCAUGAAGCUCACGAAGCGCAUCUACAGCGGUCCAGCAAAAUCAAGCCACGUUCUUCUGCUUCUCGUUGGACUCGGACUCCUCUUUGUAGCGCCCACAAUCUGA